UUGUUUUUAUUUCUUCAUUGGAUAGAUUGACACGAAUAUAGGUGUAAAGCGUAAUAGGUUGUUUUCUGUAUUGAUUUUCAAUUCUUUUGGAACUAUUCUCAGGAAUCUAUCCACAGGAAUAUCCCAGUGCAAUUUUCUAAAGUGCUAUUUCCAUCAACAUUGUUUUGUACUUGAAAUUUCAUCAUAUAUACAUAUGUGAUUACUUAGGUUUUGGUGCAAGGUCACGAUGAAUUGAUGCCCUAUAAAGCAAGAAUUCUGCAUGUUUGAUCUACUCUACCAAUUAAAAAAUAAUCAUCAUUCAAAAUGUCUGAAAAGAUUUUAGAACAGAAAGCUUACUAUAUCGGUACGUGGAAGGACAAUGCAGUCACGGACAACAUCAUCAGAGAGAUCGCGACGCUGACCUCCCUCGAAAAAGGACGCAAAGUAAAGCUGAACCUUUUGCCCGAAGGUUUAAAAAUCACAAAAAGUAAUUUUUUUCAGGGUAAAACCCUCUUCGAUUAUAUACCUCUUCAUGAUAUAUUUUUCAUGACAAUCAACCAAAAACAUCCAAAGUGCUUACUGUGUAUUGUGAAAGAUCCUAACCACAAAUAUAUGAUCGUUGCAUUUCGUUGUAAAUCGGAAUUAAUUGUUGGGACAUUUGUCCAAAACUUCAAAGCUUUGAAAAAAUCUGUAGGCCACACGGCAAACGUUGAAUUUAGACAAAAGGAAGACGGAAAUUGGACACUUCGAGAUCGAUCAAAUGCCAACGCAAGACGAGAACUUCAACAAUUGUUUAGCACCGAUCAGACCACCACCACCACCACUGUGACAACCGCUCCACAAAUCAAUGGCGGGCUUUUCUAUAAGAAAACCGAGAAGAGAAAUGGCGUCAAUAAGAAACCGACUCUUUACGACCAAACGCCAUACGUUCCAGUCAAUGGACGAACAAAAACAACCUACGCAUUCGAUCCAGUAUCCAGGGAGGACUCGUAUGACCGGGGUAGAACAAUCCAUAAUGUGGGGAUCCAGGCAAUUGGAACAGAGGACGACUCGGAGUCCGUCAUUUCUAACGUCUCGUCAAUGAAAGAUGAAAUAGAUGCACUAUCGACGGAGCUUCGCGAAGUUAAAUACCUUCUGGAAAAAUCUACUGGCAUAAGUGCUCAAGAACAUUAUAGAAUAGCUUCCCAAGGAGGGCCCGUUGGCAACAACAACGUCAGCCAUGCUAUAAACUAUAAUAAUGAAACCAAACCGAACUACACGGAACCCAUAGUUGUCAUAGAGAACAUUGAUGAUUAUAACGAUGGUGGUUCGCCUCGAUCACCAGGAAGCGUUAAAGUGGAUGUUCCUGACUAUCGAAGAAGUUUUGGGGUCCAGACAGCCCCCAAGACGAGGUCGAGGACUGUGGUAGAUGGACCUGAACAUCUUGUCGCCCAUUCUUACAGGUCGUCAAAAAAUUAUGAGAAUUAUCUCGAUCAAGCAGAUUAUGCAAACCUAUCCGAAUUGGAGAAGCAACAAUAUAGAGUUCAUACUGUUAAGAAGAAUGGAGACACAAAAGCGAUAACGGGGCCCGAAAUAAAUGUUUCAAGGCGUAGCGGCGGUUUGGAUGUUGAGGACGGAGUUAUUUACGCAGCGGAGCGAGACAACAACGUUGCUACCGUUGCGUAUCCAGAUUCGACUAUCAGUAGAAGUAGAAAAAGUACCGGGAGCGUCAUCGUCCAAGGUAAUCCACAAACGUAUACGGUUGGAAGAAAAUCUAGCACCUACAAGGUAGUUUCGCCCUCUUAUGGCAUGGUACCUUCAGUGAUCGAACGACCUAUUGAACAGAUUUACCCACGUCCUAUACUUAUUAGACGCGAUUACAUCCAAGGUGUUCCCACGAUGCGCCGUCGUCGUCCACACAGCAUGUAUGUCGUUAAACCCCAAGAUGGCACGUAUGUUUAUGGAAGCCAAAUUACAUCAAAUGAAUAUUGAUAUUAACAUUUUACAAUCACCUGACAUUUUUGGAAGGGACAGUUCAUUAGACAAGUUUCAGUAGUAACUUUGAAUAUGCCUAUUUGGAUUUUUAAAACCUUUACCACACGGCAUAUGCCGUAACCAUUAUCUAGUGCUUCUGAGAUACAGAUGGUUUUCCGAAUACUUGAAUUUGUUUACGAAGGUGAUAAAAUCGUUUAGAAACUUGUAACUCGUUCUGUGACAAAACAAAUUGGAUUUAUUUACAUCCUUUAACUCCUUCCAGGGAACUAGAAAAAAAGCGUCACAUUUACAAUGUAUAUAUAUCCGUAUUUGUGUGUUUGAUAGUAGCUAUGGGCGUGUUGAUAUAGACAUUAGGACAAAUGUAAACCAACUACUGAUCUUUUACUCCAAUCUGGACGAGUAAACGCAAAUACAGCCUUCUUCUUAUUUGUGCGAUGAAAAACAAACUAAUACGAAUAUAUUUACAUUGGACAGGUCUUAUUUCUAACACGCAAUAAUGAUGACGCCAUUAAUUCGUUCCCAGCAUUCCGGGUAAUGGUAUUUAAUGGCCAGUGUAAAGGUACCAGUAAUCUUGAUACAAACGAACUGUGUAGAAUUCGGCGAAAGGUCACUUGGGUCAGGUCUAUCGUUACGUGUUCCUCGUGAUUUUGGAGGAUAUAUUUUUAGGCUGAUUAAGGUUAAAUAUGUCAAGGGUGCACGACUUGAACUUUACGAUGUAAAGAACGAAUUGGUUAAAAAGCAGCUUGGAUAUGUGAAUGGUCGGUUGUAUGAACAACUGCUUCAGGCGAAAAUAUAUCCCAGAAGAAGCUUUAUAUUAAGACAAAACAAUUUAUGUUCAUAUUUUUGUACAUUAUGUAACACUCCAGCAUAAUGUAAUUAAAGGAAUAUAAAAGUAGUUUAUGGGUAAAUAGAAUACCCUCUCUCUGUUAUUUAAUACAUAUAUUAUAUAAUUUUAUGUAUAGCUUAUUAAAAUAUACUUAGAAGAUAGAUCUGUUUUGAUGACAUUUUGGAAUUUCGAAAAAGAAAAACCAGUUUAUAUAAAACCAACCCAUGAACAAUCAAGUUCAGAUCAGACUAUAAUUUCGUUUCGUUUAUAACUUUUCAACAUCACCAUGUUCUGUCUGGAAGAACUCUUUUUUUUAUCAGACAACCAUAGCGUCCGAUUAAAACACUCAUUACUAAUCGCACCAUUCAUCGCAAUAUACAGUCCUGUAUACCAUAACAAUACAUACAGAUUGAUCAGUUAAGACGUUCCUGUGAUCUGACUUAAAACAUGGAGAACAACAUGAAAAUUACAUGAAACGUAAUUUAAAAUGCAGUUAUGUAUAUUUAAAGGUAAAUACUUUUAGUUUAUGUUUUGCAAUUAGCUGCCAGGCAUAUUAUGACAAAGAAUUUUCUGACGUGUAACAUAUUAUGCCUUUUUUUUAUUCAAUCUGUCUCUCUUUUGUAUAAAUUUAUUAAAGACUGUGUAAGUCACAUAGAUUGUAUAAGUCUCUUAGAUUAUAUUACUGCUCUUUUUCUUCGUAAUAUUGUCUAUAUGCCAAAUCAUGUUAAGAGGCUAAACGUUUACAUUAUUGGUGUACAUAGUAUAUUUGUAGUAUCGUGAAUAAUAUAUGAGUGUAAUAAUGUGUAUACUACUAUAUAAGAAUUAAUAAUUACUUAUGUAGAUUAUGUUAUAAAUAUUAACACUUAGACAGCGAGAUGGUAAGUGUUCGAAAUACAGGACAUGCUAAUCUGCAAAUGUCCAAGGUCACUGAUCAUGUGUUCGAAAGGCAGUAAUUUGUGAAAUGAAAUGAAAUGGGCUUUAACGCCCUACUUUUGGGCACUGACUGGCCCAGGAAUCCAUGCAUUAAACCAUGUCGAUUAAAUUAUUAGCAUUUAUAGAGCUGGGAGUACAGUCAAGAGUUAUAUUGUAAACCGAAUCAUUGGUUAACUAGGAACGUGUCGCAUUGGUUCUUAUUCACUCAGUCACUGAGAUAUUUAAUUAAAAUCUUAAGUUUGCAUACUUAGUCAUGGUGAAUGAAUACGGUUUGACACAUCGGAUUGUAGCCAAAUAAAAUUUUAUGACCUUUCUCAGAUAGUAUCAGAUUGUGGUCGCUUGUCGCCUGGGGCCGCAAUAGUCUCUCAGUAAUGUCAUUUGAAUGUCGAAUUCAUGCGUUGGGCAAGAAGAACGUCUGGAUCUUUCAAGGUCAGUUCCCAUUUACCAGAGGUAGUGCCUGUGAGGCUGACAAGAGAAGGACCCUCUGGAUAUUGGGGGCUAGGGUGGGGUGGAGGAAUCUCCGAGAGUUUGGAUCGAAGUAAUACUGUCAAUAUAAAUUAUAGAAUAUUGAGACAUCUAGAAGGAAUACCAGUCUAAAAAUGGAUCAGUUCUGUUCAGUAUAAAUUUUACAAAGAAAUAUUAUAAACUGAAUAUGGCUAAAAUAUUUUGAUCGGCAUCAUUUUAACUCGACUGAAUCCAAUUAAAUGUUAAAUAAUUCAUGCUAAAUAAGUACAUUUAGCAUGAAUGAAGCAGUGAGAAAUUAGUUAUUAUCCGAAAAAUGCGACCAUCCAUGGCUUAAACAUGUGAACGCACCAAAUUAAACAAAAGAUUAUGUUGCAAAUAUACCUAAAAAAAUUGGUAUGGGAUGUACAUGAAAGAUUGUGUUGACCUAUUUAUAUUAUGAAUAUUGAGUUAUUAAAUGCUUGUUGUACAUAUUAUUGCUUGUUAGUACCAUUUUUAUUUGAAAUAUAUACCCAAGGUAACCUAUAAUAAUAGUAUUAAUUACAUGAUAAUCUAAGGGAUUAACAGAUUAACUAACCCAAUAAUAAUAUAGAUACCGUACUACCUAUAUUCGGAGACCUACCAUCAUAUUUCUUGAUAUUAUCUAUAAUCUGUUGUCUACACAUAUUUUUACAAUAAAAUAUUAAAAUGUU